CGCGGCGGUAUAAAUACGCAGCAUCUCUGUGAGCCGCGAGCCUCCAAGAGUGUCUGUUCCGCUAUGCGCUGCUCAAAGUGGGACGGCGCGCUCUGCGCCACCCAGGAGCGUUUCUAAAUCGCAGCCCGAGCGGCAUGGAGGACGCAAGCAACACGACGGUCUCGUCUCAGUCCGAGCUCCCUUUCAACCGAAGCGGCACAGGCACCGGAGACGAGGAGGUGAGGCUGAGUUCCCAAGUGCUCACCUCCUUCCUCCUGUGCGCGCUCAUCCUGUGCGCCAUUUUUGGCAACGCGUGCGUGGUGGCGGCGGUCGCCCUGGAGCGCUCGUUGCAGAACGUGGCCAACUUUUUGAUCGGUUCCCUCGCCGUCACCGAUUUAAUGGUGUCGGUUCUGGUUCUGCCCAUGGCGGCUCUGUACCAGGUCUUGAACAGGUGGACGCUGGGUCAGAUUUCCUGCGACAUCUUCAUCUCUCUGGACGUGUUAUGCUGCACCUCGUCCAUAUUGCACCUGUGCGCCAUCGCGCUGGACCGCUACUGGGCUAUUACCGAGCCCAUAGACUACAUGAAGAAGAGGACGCCUCGCAGGGCGGCGAUUUUGAUCGGCGUCACUUGGCUGGUGGGCUUCUCCAUCUCGGUACCGCCGAUGUUGAUCAUGCGCUCGCAGCCCAACAGCGUGGAGGAAGACAGAAAGAACCCCAAGCAGUGCAAGAUCCGGCAAGACCCCUGGUACACCAUUUAUUCCACCUUCGGCGCUUUCUACAUUCCGCUCGCUCUCAUGCUGGUUCUGUACGGCCGCAUCUUCAAAGCGGCCAGGUUCCGCAUUCGGAGGACCGUGCGUAAAAGCGAGAAAAAGAAAGUGGCCGACUCCCGCUCGGCCGCGUCGCCCGCGCCCUCCCGCAAAAAGACUCCGCGGGAAUCGCAGAGCAAAAGCUGGAAACGAAGCGUGGAGCCGCGGCCGGAGCCGUGCGUCAACGGCGCCGUCAAGCACGCCGAGGACGGAGAAUCUCUGGAGAUCAUCCAGGUUCACGGCAGUCUCAAAGACAACCUGCCGCUGCCUAACACGCCGAGCGCCGCGCCGUUGUUCCGGAGCAGGCACGAGAAGGCCACCGAGGCCAAGAGGAAGAUCGCUUUGGCUCGGGAGCGUAAAACGGUGAAGACGCUGGGCAUCAUCAUGGGCACCUUCAUCCUUUGCUGGUUGCCCUUCUUCAUCGUGGCCCUGGUCAUGCCCUUCUGCCAGGAGUCGUGUUACAUGCCCCGCUGGCUGGAGGACGUCAUCAACUGGCUGGGCUACUCCAACUCGCUGCUCAAUCCCAUCAUUUACGCCUACUUCAACAAAGACUUUCAGGGGGCUUUUAAGAAAAUCAUCAAGUGUCAUUUCUGCAGACCCUAAAGGGCGCCACCCUGACCUCAGCUGCCCUCAACAAACCGCCCCGUCCGGCGACCGAUCCUAAAAUAAUUGACUAUAUAAGCCACUCGGACCGUCACCGGGCAAACCAGCCCGUAUUUAAAUAUCACCUGAGGUAUGUGCAUCCAUAAAGCUCUUUGCUCCUUAUGCUGUUCUGUCACGUUCAAUGAAGAUAUAAUUUAGAAAAACCCCGCUCGUCAUUUUUAAAAUUGCGCAGCUAUGAAAUUGAGACUGGAUUUGUCCACACGCAUUUGAAAAGCUGUUGAUGUCUUCUGGGUUCAUCUGUGAGACUUUAAUUAAACGGUUGGCA